AGCAAACACACCAUGCAACAGGACCUGGGCAUCUGGAGAAUGGUCCUGAUGUGUCUCACUGCGGUUCUUUCUAGUGAAAUAGGUGUCAAUCAGCUGAACUCUGUGACCACUGCUGCAUUUGGAGAGAAUGUGACUCUCCAGUGCUUUCUGCUGGAAGAGGACAACACCGAUCCCAUCGUUUGGUCCCAGCAAAAAACAGGACAGGAGCCUCGUAUAAUGGCCAUGACUCAGAAAUCAGUAGAGGCUUCCUCUUACUACAGUGAAUUUAAACCUCCAAAGUUCCUUGUUGUGAAUGGAAGAGGGUACUGUCAUUUGAAUAUUUCUAGCAUUGAACCUUCAGAUGAAGCCAUGUAUUACUGUGGUAUUAGAAGGUUUGAGAUUGUGUUUGGAAAGGGAGCAUUGUUAUCAGUGAAAGCAAAUGAUAAAUAUCAAGUAUCAGUGGUCCAAAGUCUAGUGCUGGGUGUGGUUUCCCCAGGAGAGUCAGUGCCUCUGCAGUGCACCGUCCUCUCUGAGAGGAGAACAGCAGAACUCCGAAUGCUCUGGUUCAGAGCUCCUGCAGGAGACUCCCAUCCUGAAAUCAUUUACACUCAUCACAACAGCAGCCAUCAGUGUGAGAUCAGCUCUUCUCCACACAGCUGUGUGUACAACCUCUCCAAGAGUGUCCUCAGCCUCUCUGAUACUGGCACUUACUACUGUGCUGUGGCCACCUGUGGCAAGAUCCUUCUUGGAAAUGGGACGACAGUAGAUUUGACCAAGACUGUUGGUCCUGCAGUGAUCUGGCUGGGAGCAUCUUUGGGAGCUUGCUUAAUUGUGAUCUUUGCUCAAGCCAUUUUAAUUUGUAAAUGGAGAAAUUGUCGACCCAGGAGUGGAAGUGAAGCGAGCAGUCCUAACUGGACUCCCCUGCUGGUUGUUCAGAUGGUGCCACUUCAAAAGCAGGAAAUCGGGGAAGUUCGAUCGAUGGUGCAGACCCUCAGCCAGUUUGUUAACCGCCUGGCCUUGAGCCCUGAGGGAUGA